UAGCAUGCAAAGACGCUUGGUUCCCAGCCAAUAGAUAAAAGCAAGGUGGAGCCUUCUGCUAGAAGGGUGUUUGACAUCAACAGAUAUUAUCAUUUGAGAACAUUCUCUCCAACCAUCUAUGCUGAAGCUGAAGUUUCUUUCGUUUCUGAAUGUAUGUCUCCUAUAACUGAAGCAAACCUCUAAGAGCAAUAUACAUCAUGCAUUUGGAUGCAAUGAAAGGUCUGGUCCUUAUCAGCCUCAGUUUCAGUUUCCAGAGUUGUCUUUGUCAAACUGUUUACGGACCUGUAGGGGGGUCUGUGGUGUUGAGCUGCACUAAGAAUGGUGGUCACAAGACAUCACUCCAAUGGAUAUUUAAGAAAACAACAGAUGGUAAGGAAGAGCAAAUGGUUCGUCAGAUGUCAAGUGGUACCAUUACAUCAGGACAAUCCGAGUUAGCAAAAAGAACAGCACUCUACCAAUCUGGAUGUUCACUUGAAAUUAAAAAACUACAAAGAGAAGAUGAAGGAUAUUUUACAUAUACAUUAACAGAUUCAUCAAUAAAACCAUCAAAAUCAAUAGAAAAAACAUUCAGACUACGACUUUUCCAAGUUAAUUCUGUACCAAACAUGCCAGUUCUGGAGUCUGAGACAGUCACCCUCCAUUGCAACACUUUAGGAAAUGAUGAUCUGCUUCCUGAGAUCAGCUGGAAACCACCACAAGGAAUCCAAUUAAAAACUCAGGAUGGACCGCAUGUUAGCAAUGGAGGAAAAUCUUUAAUGAUUUCUAGCGUUUUGAAGAAACACAGAGGAGACUGGAUAUGUAACUUGAAAUAUGAAGACGUGGUCAAACAGUUUACAUUUAAGAUGAUUGUAAUUGGAUUAAACAGUUCUCCAAGUAAAGUCAUUUACAGUCUCCUGCACACUCCCAUCUUGCUUCCAUGUUUUAUUGAUGCUGGCCAGCAGACUCUUGCAAUGGACUUGUUGGAUAAAUCUGGACCAACAGGUGCCUCAUGGAAGUUCUCUACAAAUGACAAAACAAUACCAUAUUAUUUGAAUGUCAGUAAUAACAUUGGGAAUCAUGGACAGUCAGACAGCUUGAACAAAUCACUUGCCAUCACCACCUCACUGGAAAGCCGUGGGACUUAUAUAUGUGAAGUGCAGUUUCAAAGGAGAACGUUAACUGCUUCUGUAGAUCUGGAUCUUGUUCAAGUGGUUCCUGAUACCACAGUCCCAGUGAUGGAAGGAAAUGAGUUGAACUUGACAUGUAAAGUAGACAAAGUUGUUGAAAACCUUAAACUUGUAUGGACUCAUACAAAGAAAUAUUUGAAUUUUCAAACACACAGUUUUUCUGGGACAGCCAUUCUGAAGAUUGACAAAGUGACAAAUCAGCACAUUGGACCGUGGAGGUGCAGUCUGUAUGUAGGAGAAAAACUGAUGACCAGUGUUGAGCACAAGCUAAAAAUAGUGAAGCCUCCUGUUGAUGUCUGGCUCAUUCUCCUGGUGUGUGGAUCAAUUAUCCUUUUUGCUGUUUUGAUAACAGUCAUUUGCUGUAUAAUUAAAAGAUGUCAAAUGCAGAUGUCUCAGAGAAGACUGAAGCAGAGGAAAUACUGCAGGUGCAAACACCCCAAACCAAAAGGAUUCCAGAGAGUCUGAAGAUCUAACUAUAUAUACUGCUAUAUUCUUCUUGUGAAGCAUUGACUUCUGAAAGUCUGCUUAUGAACUUUUAUGAUGCCGUAACUACUGUAAUGAAGAUCUUUAUUCUUCCAUGUCAUGUUAUUCUUCUUGAAUGGCAAAUCACAUAAGCCUAUAGAGUUCAUCAGGUCCUCCAUUUCAGCUGCAGAGUUCUCUGGAAUUAAAAUUCUAAAUGAACAUUCUUAAGGAUUUGUUGAAUAAAAAAGGAAAAGAUGAACUGCAAACAUGUAACAAACAUUUUUCAGUUGUACAGUUAGAUGGUGGUUAUUUUUACCAUCUUUAUUUUUUAUGUUUUAUUCAUGUAAUGCACUGGCACAUUUCAUCCAGUUAGGCUCCUGCUUUGCUCUCGUUGUUCACAGUAGAGGCAGAGCUGCUUGUUCUCUAAACUCUUCAUUGAAAUACAGAUUAAAAUAAUAUAGGGAUCAAGUGCAUUAUUUUCCCUCAAAAAGACCAAAGAACAGAACAGAAUGUUUUCAUCAUCAAGAACAUACCAGUUAAAGGUGCAUUUAUUCAUAUAAACAAAAUGUAUUGCACCAAAAAUGUUAAUGCCUCUAUGAAGAUAGUAAAUUCAUUCCAAGAUUUAAGACUUUUAAAUCUGAAAGAUGCUUAACAGGACAAGCAAAAAGCAUCAUUUUUGUCAUUUAUAGUGAAACUAUACUAUUCACAUUUACGAAGAGUAAACAAAUUGCAGGAAGACUCUGCUGCCAGCUUACAUUCAAAAUUUCAAUUUCAUUGGAAUGCAAUUUUAAAGCUACAACUUUAAUCAGGUGCAUUGGAGUCCUUUAUUACGCUAUCUUUAAACAAUAAUCAAGAUGGCACUAAAGUUGGUUUGGAACAAUAUUAGCAGUCCUUUUUGUGUAGGGAACACAGACAAUAAUAAAGAGAUUUAAUAAACUUGACAUUGUCUAUGUAAAUAUUAAGAAACACUUGGCAUUCUUCAAGACUGCAAAGUACCCACAAUGCCAGGAACAUUUUUUUUCCUAAUGUGAUUUUCUGCAUUAUUGCACAAGGUGAAGAGGGUGCUGUGAUUGCCCCGACAGUGUAUCAUCUGUAUAGUGAUUGGAUAGGCUCCAGCCUCCUGCAUCCAUGAAUUGGAUAAAGGUGGUUUGAAAAUGUUAUGAAUAUUAUGUAUAGUAUUUCUUAAUAAAGGAUGACUUGUAUAAUAAAAAUUGCUGGGUGCUAUACCUUCAUUUUUUACUACUCAUAUGAAUGAAAAACUACCUGUUUAUCAGCCUACAAAAAUAUUUUUCCUAGAAUGCAGUUAAGUGAAAUAUGAAGUUUGAUGAUUCAAUGAACCUCUGCCUUACCACCUCUGGUAACUUCAUUCAAAUUUUAGCUAAGUCAUCCUGUUUAGUUUGAACUAUUUGGGUGUGUGUGUCUCUCUCAUCUUUAUGUG